AUGCGAUUGUUUUUUUUUAUUUUGUGUUGUGUGUUUAGUGUCGCAAGUGGCGGCGAUAAUGAGGGUGAGAUUGAGAGCUACAGAAAGAAGUUACUCGACCAGUUGACUAGGACACGUACGGUGCUACGAGUGGGGUACGAUUUGGUAACAAGACAAAUCGCUACUGAUGUAUAUAUGUUUAGAAACUACCGCUCAGUAUCUGUCAUCUUCUACCCCAUUUCGCGGGGUGUAAAGGACGCCUGCUUCACAUUUCAGUCUGAAGAGAUUCAUUUGAACAAUAUCGGUUCCUGUAGUCCCCAAGAAGUAAUAAUACACUUAAAACAUGGUGCAUACGCAGCUGUCAACCCAGAUGGGUAUGAUUUCCCAAAGUAUUUCGUAGAUCCAGCACGUAGAGGGAAAAUACAUACAAUUGAAAUAAAAUCAGAUGGAAGGAAUACUACUUAUUCUGUGAAAAACCCUAAACCUGGGAAUUGGUACGCAUUAGUGUAUAUUAAAUGGGAAGAUCCUAGAACGCAGAACAUCGGACAGCAAGGUCUCAUCCCCAACUGCAAUACCAUACUCUACACAGACCUUCAAGUAAAAAGGGAAGAGAACAUCGGACUAGUCGAUUGUUAUACCGGAGUCACUGUCGAUAAUAGAGAUCUCCCGGCCACAUUCCAAUGCAUGUCAGUCGACAGCACUGAUCCAAUAAGCUUUAAUAUCACAGUUACAAAUGCGCCAGAGAGCAGCAAAGUACUAUUCAGGGUACAAGCAUUGUCCCUCCCUACAGAUGAAGAUUAUUUGAUAUCCUGUGCAUUCGAUCCCAAAGAAAACGAUAUUCAAAUAGUAACUUUCAGCCCUAACCCUUCUGCCUGGCAUUAUGUUUACCUAGAACAUGUUAGUAAUGCAUCAAGUUAUGCCGACUGUGAUUCAUACUUAAGAACUGACGAUGAAUUCCUAGAACAGACAGCUAAUACCCUUAUGAGAGAUGAUAAAGGCAGAUUUUUCACUUUCGACUACGGAUUACCUACAACUGACGUUCAAGACGUCACUAGUAUAAUAAAUAUCACGUCCGACCAAGUGAAAACAGUAAGGUUUAAAGUCAACCAGUUCAUUGAUAUAGGAGGCAGUGUCUCUAUUGCAGCUAGUCUAUUGAUGAGUCUGAAUUAUUACAUGGGUUAUAAGAGAGAAUUAAAGAAGGGUUCGUUACUAGCUUUUACUGAAGAUAAUCAGUUUUUUAGAGUCGUGAUUUGUUUGGAUAUUGGUCACUCCAGUAUACCAACAGAAUCCGGACAUUGUAAGUACAAUGAUCAAGUGAAACCAGCAUUAUUUGUGUUGAACAGUACUGAUUCAGAGUCUAUUGAUGAUAAGGUGAUAAUACCGUUCCCUGAAAGCGGUACUUGGUAUUUGAGUUUGCGAUUGUUCUGUGAUGAAGUGGUUUGCCCGUGCAAGACGUCGCAUAACGGGACAAAGUACUAUGUAGAUACAGAGGCGAUUGACAAAGAUGGGGCGGACAUGUCUGGAGAGUUGUCAGCGAAUUUAACGAGGCCAGGCGAAUCGAAAUGCAACGGAUCUGUGAUAUUAGCGUUCUCGUCGACGUCGUGUGUCGGAGGGCGGUGUAGCAACCACGGAAAUUGCCUGCUGAAUACGUUUGGAGGGUUGGUGAUGUCUUUUUGUUCCUGUUCAGCUGGUUACGGAGCUUGGGACUGUUCGGACGAAUCAAGAAUGGACAGCAGAGCCGCCAUGCUGCUGUCCCUCCUUCUCCUUACGCUGAGUAAUAUCCUGUUUAUCUUCGCUAUAUACGUAGCUAUCAUACGCCGGUAUUACACCGAAGCCAUGAUGUAUACAUUCACUAUGAUUUUCUCAACAUUCUACCAUGCCUGUGACGCACCGGCACAAAUCGCGUUUUGCAUAGCGCGAUUAAGAAUUCUCCAAUUUGGCGACUUUUACUGCGGAAUUAUGUGUUUCUGGGUGACGUUGCUAGCUAUGUGCAUUAUUAACGAUAAGUUUAGGUCGUUUUUACAACUGUCAGGUGCUAUUGUUGUAGCAAUGCUAACGACAUGGAACAUGCAUUCUUUCGUCGCGUUCCUGACCCCAUGUGCCGUAGCUAUCUCAAUUCUUCUGAUGUCUUGGUACUACGAUUACAGAAAAACUCGUAAAUUCUUAUAUCCCAGGUCGUAUUAUAUCGUUUAUAUGCCUAUAGGUUUGGGAUUUGCAGCUGUAGGUCUAAUAUUGUUCGGGUUCUUUCAAACUGAAAAAAAUUAUUACAUAGUCCAUUCUUUUUGGCAUAUGGUUAUAGCUGUGAGCGCCGCGUUCUUAUUGCCUGAUAUAAAGAGAGAUGGUAUCUACCAUGCGUUUGCGCCAAACCGUAAUAUGUGUUCGCUGCGGUUUUGUAAUUUUUUCCGUAGACCUCGACCACCUCCGGUUGACAAUGAACCGUAACGAGAGUACAGUCUGCUAUUGAAGAGGUAUCUUAAGGUGGGGUUUUAAGAGAAUUGAAUUUGGCGUUUUUUGUGCCCAACAUCGACCAACCCAAAAUCGAUCUAGGGAUGCACAAUACGAUUCGAUUUUAUGAAGAUCGAUUCAAGUAUAUACGAUCUAGUUAUUUAUUAUAUAGAUUAAUUUGAAUGCGAUUUUUAAGCAAAUUGAUUCAACAUCAAAGCGAAUCGUUUAAAUCGUAUUGAUAAUUUAAACAAAACAGUCUCUUUUUGAACCCCCUACUGAAUCGUAAGGCUAAUAUAUAGCUAUUUUAUAUAGGUCUGCAAGAAAAGUAGUUUGGCAAUAUCGAAGUAUAAAUUAAUGUACGAUAAUUUGGCGAUUGUUACUACAUCUGUACCAUUUGAUCGAUUUCUCUCACUGGUAUCACUCUAAAUAAAAAUAAUAAUAGGCUGAGGCUGUCAAAAUUAUUAUUUUUUAUCAAAAUUUGUUUUAAAACGAUUUUUAUGCGAUCGAUUUAAGAGCAUGCGAUCCUUUACAAUCCAAAAAAUUGAU